AUGACGCAAGCUGUUGCCAUGCUUCGGACUCUUGCUCUGGCAUUGGUCCUGGGCACCACCUGCAAUGAAGCGCAGAAGGCCUCGCCCGCACUUGCGUCUGCACUGAGUCGCAGCGCAGCGAAUCAACUUCGAGCUGUAAAAUCAGAGCUCAACACUGAGAGACGUAUCCUGGCGAUGGUCCAAAAGCAGCAGUCAGAGACGACGAAGAAGCUUUCGGAGAAAAAGGCAAAGGCUGGCAAGCUCACGGUGCAGCUAGAGAGGCUGAAAGAGCUCAAUGCAGAGCUGCAGUCCGCAGAGAAGGAGAAAGGUCAAGUGAUCCUCGAGGCGAAGCAGCUGAAGCCUCUUCAGGCCCAAGACCAGGCUUCCAUUGGACUGCUCAGCUUGGAGCAUUCGUUCAACGAGGAUUUGGAUGCUGUCACUGAAAGUCGUGCGAAGCAACAAGCUGCGGAGAUGAGCAGCCUGAAUGCCCAAGAGAUGCACUACAGGUCCGAAAUUCAGAAGAUCAGGCAGAACCUUUCAUCGGCGGAGUUAGCUAUACGGCGAGCUCAGCAGGAGGCAGCCCCACUUUCCCAGGACGAGCAGAAGGCAGCCAAGGCGGAAGCGCUCUUGCAAGAGAAGGUACAGAGCAGGUCGGCCAGUGCGCAUGCCCAUCGUGCUCGUCAAUUGGCCCGCGGUGAGCAGCAACGUAUGCUGUCAAAGCAGGAGGAGCUUGCAGAACUGAACUUUGCCAUCGGGAACAGCAGCCUUCUCCUCCAGAAGGAGAAGAGCGAGCUCGAGGCUGAGCGACUCCGUGUGGAGGAUAUGACACAUCAGGCGACUGUCCUCACCGACCACCUGGCGUCCAAAGAGGAUCAGCUGAAGCAUGGACAUGCCCAGGUCGUCACUCUGAACAAGGAACUUGCCCAGAAGCACAACGAGGCGGAAUCUCUGCACGAGGAGACGGCCAGCCUCGAGGGUCGAAUCAAGAAGGACAUGGAGGCUAGCAGCAAGAACGUGACGGCACUGCUGCAGAAGCUGGAGAAAAAGGCGACUGAACUGGACGCGUUGCGCCAGAACGUCACUUCCAGUGAAGACCAGGUCGAGGACGUGAUGUCAACACUGAGGGGCUACAUUGACCGCUCUAAGGAGAAGCUGCACAAGACAAAGCACCAGGCCUUGUUGCAGAAGAGCCAGGUACAGGAGAAGACAUCAGCUGCGUCCGGCCAAAUCCAGGCUGCACGAAGGGAGACGGCAGCUGUGAAGGCCGAGUUGGCGGCAAAGCUCCAAGAGGUGGAGAGUCGUGCCGCUUCACAUGAAACUGCGGAGUUGGAGAUGUACCAAAGGAGCCACAAUACGGCUGCUCUGCAAUCUCUACAGUCGGCUGCAAAGGCGAGGCUGCAGGCCCAGAAGCACCAGAACGAGCGGCAGAUGAAGCUCUCGAGCUUGAUUCAAUAUCGCCUCCAAGCAGAAGUUCAAGACACUGCAGCCGUUGCGGAGUCGUCCAUCGCUGGCUCUUCAUCAGAGAUGCAUGCUCUCCACACAUCAAUCACCAGAGCGAAAGCAGUGGAGGCUGUAAAGCUGUCCAAGGUAAACAAGCAAACAACAGCGAUGAUGCAGACUGCCAGGAAUCUUGAGUCGACCUAUGAAGCUUCGAAUGAACAAACCGACGGCAAGGUAGACAAGCUAUUGGUUAAAGAAGCAGAUGCGCAGCGGAGAAUCCAGAAGGCGAGUCGAGAGGAACAGGAGACCGAAAGCGAGUACGACGAUGCCAAGCGGCGUGUGGAACAUGUUUACAUGGCGAUGCAAGCCGGGGACGCCAUGGAGGCCGAUGAAGUGAGGCACUUGAAACAUGAGCUGGAAGAUGUCAGGAAACACAAGGACCGCUCCGCAGAUGAUUGA